AUGCGCGCCACCACCCUCUGCGCCGUCCUCCUCGCGCUCGUCAUGUCCGUCGCCGCCGCCCCCUCUCCAGCGCAACUACAAGGUAGGCUGCAUCAGCUGAUAUUUCCGCGCGCGGUGGAUGACCACCCUGUCUUUAAUCAGCGCGCGGCGAGGGCCUCCUCUUCGAAGACCACGUCCACCAGGUCGCCGGGCCGGCGUCCGACUGAGUUCACGCUCGUGGAGCCACCGCGCACGUCUUGCACCGUCCCUCCCUCCCUCCCUCCCGUUUAG